AUGCCUAGGGAACGUUCAGAAGACGGCGACUGCAACGCUAUAGCGCGGCUCAUCAAAGACUUCUGCAGUUGCUCGGAGAACGCCACCUGGUCGCCGGAGAUGACAUCAGACAGACGAAAAGGCCCACUGCUCAAGAGUGAACUCACAAACAUGUCUGCGAUGCGUCGAAGAAUCAUUUCUAUUGCCAAAAGAAAAAACAAAGAAGUCCCAGAGCCGCCAAAACUGACGUACGGAGCCACUUUCCAGAAAAAUUCAGACACUCUCACUUCAAACUUGGUUAACACAACGAUCAGUUCUCAAAGCAGUACUCUCAGGCGAAACAUCGACAAUUUCCUUAUGUCUCGAAGGAUGUUCGCUCUCGAGGAGGACAUUUACGAGAAACCCAUUCAGGUGAAGACACCCACGUGCGGCGAGAACUGGUCUCUGAGCAAAGCGUGGCGGAACAACAACUCUGAUUUCUUCAACCGCUCUCCUACCCUCGAUUCUAACCGACUAAUUGAGCGGAACUACACCCAACUCGAACGAAUAGAUGAGAUCCCGCAGCGGAAAAAACGGAAUAAGAAAAUGAAGGAGCAAAUACGAUACGAUAGGAAUAUUAAGAGACAUAUACGUAUACGCGUGAUGUUGUCGUUGAGAAUGAGGAGGUAUAUGAAGAGGAGGAUGAAGAAGCCUGGUCUGCAAGCGUCACAGAAUGUGAACGUGCCUCCGAGGAGAUUUCCGAGAGGGGCGUCGGUGACGUCAAGUUUUGGCACCAGGUCUUACAGGAGUGUGAUGACGGAUAAGUUAGGGGAUGGUGCUGUGUUAUUUGACAUCUAUGAAGCGAGAAACUCCACGAUGGAGCUCUGCCAUGACUAUGAAGAGGACCUCGAUACGCUACAGAUUGCGUUACGCGCCGGUAACUUUAGGAGCGGUCGUUUAGCUGUCGAGGGUUGGUGGUGCGGGCGCGCCAUGCCGGGCGCUGGCGGGCGCGCCAACAAUGGCGCCCUGGCGUUACACUACGCAGCCGCGAGAGGGUGCCUCGACUGCGUGCGGUUGCUCACCAACACAACACCCGAUGUCUCUGCCAACACGGCGAUGGACAAUGACGUGACGCCGGUAUAUCUGGCGGCACAAGAAGGACAUCUGGCUGUUCUUAAAUAUCUGGUGCUGGAAGCUGGAGGGCGUCUGGAUGCGAGGGCGAGGGAUGGCAUGCUGCCCAUCCAUGCAGCUGCCCAGACCGGCUGCUUGGAUUGCGUGAAAUGGAUGAUUGUGGAGCGUGGCGUAGACCCCAACGCGAGAGACGGAGAUGGUGCCACUCCUCUACAUUUCGCAGCUUCAAGGGGUCAUCUGAGCACAGUACGCUGGCUGCUCAGACAUGGUGCAAGGUUGCACCUGGACAGGCACGGCAAGAGUCCCAUUAAUGAUGCAGCUGAAAACCAUCACUUGGAGUGUCUGAACGUAUUGGUGGCUGCGGGAGCAGCCGGGGCAGACAACAAACAGCUCUCCUCGUACAAGGCGAUACACUCCUGCGCAUGUGCCCCUGGAGAAGCGAGAUGCGCCUUACCGAACUGCGUCAACAUGAAUGGUACUCGCUCUCCCUUCUACCUGCACGCUCCGGAGCGGGAGCGACGAAGCUCUGUGCAGGAGCGACGUGGCUCCUUACCUUCCACUGUCGGGUCCGUCACUUCAGCUCGCUCGGGACCUGCUGAUGGCUUGUAUGUCAACCCGAUGCAGAGAGCCACGUCAACCAGUGUCACGCAUCACAGCUCUUCGGGAGAGGAGAGUUCAGCCUGUUCCGCAUCAGACGCGGACAACACAGCUAGCGGUUGGUUCCUCCACAACAAUAACAGCAGCUCUGGGGCUCCAGCAGCUCUCUACCAGCGGGUCAGGGACUUAUUCCACACUCGAUCCCCAGGGCCCAGGGUCCCUGCUGAAGGACAGGAGGCACCCGCAAUGACUGUGAAAGCAGAAAUCCAUGGGUCUGCCGAAGCCACAACUGCUCAAGAGCAGUCAGACAGUGACAGUGGGGCUGAGGCCACCAGACGAGACCAUCACUAUGAGGAUAUCUACAUGCCCAGAGAAGAACAUCAAAGACGAAGGAGCAGUUCUCGCGACUCAGGCAGCCACAGCCGACCUGGCAGCGCCGCGCUCGUUGUAGACUACAACACCAAAGAUAACACUGACACUGCAAGCAAAGCUUACGAGGAAGUAGCGUCUCCAGUGUCCGAGGCGCAGACUAAGUCAUCGAUAGCCACCAAGUUGGCAGCACUCACGCAUAAGGCACAGAACUUUGCAAGCCGCCUAUCCUCGGCGGCAGGCAGUAGACGCGCGUCAGUAUCGGACGAGGCGACAGUGGUACAAGCAGCCUCAGCUUCUUCAGGAGUGUCUUCUGGUGGAAGCUCAGGGGAUGAGGCUCCUCCUCCACCUCCACCGCCACCGGCACCACCAGCCCCACCCCCACCUGUAGUAUUGGAAGAACCUGCGCUAAAGCCUUCCGAGCUCAGGGGGAGAUUAGCGGGGCGACGCGGCUCGGCGGCGUCCGCAGACGACGACAGACCGCGCGGGCCCAACCUCGUCAACAAGCAAGCCGUGCUUCCCUUCGUGCCUCCCGCGUUCCCGCAUAACGCGCCCGACCGCCUUAUCAAACCGUCCGAGUAUUUGAAAACAAUCACGGCGCCGUGCAAGCGGGACGACAGCGCGGCGGAGGCGCGUCCUCCGCCGCCGCCACCGGUGCCAGCCGACAAUGUGCCGCCACCACCACCGCAACCCCCAGUCACCGCGCACCAGCCCCUGGCAGCCAUCAGCAGUGCUGAGCUUUCAGCAGUCCGACUGCGAACACCGGCCACUAAGACGUUAUCAGCCCCACCUCCUGCACGAUCAGUCAGCUUACAAUGCUUACCCAGUGCUGCGGAAAUUUACAAAAACGCGAAAACGGAUUUGAUAGAGGAACUGAAGAUGUCCAAGGACAUAACGGGGAUCAAGAAGCUGAAAGUGGAACGUGCGCGCCGGGAAAGCCUCCAGGAUAAGGAGACGUUCACGGAGUUCACCAAGAGGUUCACCGCUGAAAACUUUGUGGAACAGCUGGUAUGCUGCCAAUGCGACGAUAAUUAUCACAUUAAAUGUAUCUUUCACAACAAAGAGGAAAACUGGGUUCCCGACCAACACAUUCUCUCGUCUUGGCUAUGCCCUAGCUGUACCAAGGGUAAACAGAGGGACAACAGAGAUGAUACUCCCGUGCGAGCUAAAGUCGACAAGGUAAAGACAAAGACCUCACCAUGUCAUCAGAAUGUGACUAUAAGAAAAAACUCUGUCGCAAAGAAAGAGGAACUGAUCACGAUGUCGAAGGACGCAUUACGUGGUAUUAUCAGAGAAGAAAUCAACACGGCCCUUUCUACCAUUAAUAAUACCUUGAUAGACCUAAAGUCGGAAGUCAAUGAUCUGCAAGUUAACUUUAAGUUUAUGAGCGAUAAAUACGAUGCCAUUAUGGCUAGAUUAUCCUGCAUAGAAACAAAGUCCAGGUCAGUUAAUAAGUUGGAAUUGGAGAUCAAUGAAACGAAAAGCCAAAUAAACUUGAUCAAUGAUAGCAUUGAAAGACAGGAACAAUGGGGGAGACGGUCGAAUGUUGAGAUUAUAGGGUUGCCUGAAAAGAAUGGUGAGAAUCUGAUUACGAUCGUAACAAAACUGGCCACCCAUGCCAAAUGCCCUUUCAACGCACAGACCGAUAUAGAUUUCGUGACUAGAGUAGCUCACAUGAAUAAAGAUGUUAAAAAACCCAAGCCAGUAGUUGUUCGUUUUCUAGCACGAUACAAAAAAGACGAAUUUUUAUCCCGAUUGAGAGAAAUUAAAGACUUAAAGGCAUGCGAUAUUGGCUACUCUAAUGAUACAGCACGUAUUUAUAUUAACGAACACCUUACUAGUAGCAAGAAGUUAUUGUUGAAUAAAGUUAAAAAACUAGCUGAAGAAAAGCAUUAUAAGUGUGCACAGGUCCCGGAAAGAGAUGCAGCUGGUAACGUGAUCCCGGCCUGGAAGCGUCAGAUGCUGGCAAGAAGAGCUGCGGAGAAGGCUCGGAAAGACCUCGAAAAAGAGCUGGCAGGGGAAGCAGAGAGGCGACGAGCUGCUGCCGUGCCCGCCUGGAAGAGACAACUGCUGCAGCGAAGAGAAGAGGCCGAGAACAGGUUGAGAAAUUCCCUGUACACUCCCAAGGUAGAAGAGACGAAUGGACAGCCGAACGGUGAAUGGCGAUCGUACCCGAGCGGGGCUCAACGUGCUGUGUCCAUAGACAAUAUCAGCAUGUGCUACGACACUCCUGCGCAGCCCAUGCGCGCGCCAUCAGAAGCGAAACUGUCCAGUGAUCAUUGUAACGGUCAUACCACAACAAACGGUAAGCAUGAAGAGGAAGAAGAAGAAAAAGCAAAGAUAAUCCCUUGGCGAGCACAACUGCGCAAGACCAACAGCAAACUAAACCUUCUCGAGUAAAUAACGUAGUCGAGUGAGCCCACCUCCGGGGAAACACGCGCGUGAACGCGCGCUCAGACGCGUAGCUUUAGGGUUGUCAAACAUAGUCAAUAGGAAGAAAUAAUGCUCAGUUGCUCUCUGAUAGUUAACGACGUACAUUUUAAUUUAUUUAGGUUAUUUUAUGUAAUUAUUGCUAUUUAUUACUUUUUAUACACACUUUUAAAACGGCAUGAGGAGGGGAACGGUCAAACAAGUGAACGCUAACAUAUUCACAGCAGACUAAAUUAAUUUUAUAUUGCAGUAUCCUUAAAGCAACGCCAUGUGUUUAAUUAUAUUCGUUGCUCGAU